UCAGUGUUUAUAAUACAUUUAAUUAUGUUUAAAAACUAUUUUAUUACGAAGUGACUAAAGGUUUUUCUAGAGGGAUAAAUAAUCUUAAAAACAUUUCGUUCAUAUACUAUUGAAAUUAGAAACAGAAGCCGGAGAAAAUAAAUAAUUUAAAAUUUAAUCAACAUAGUCUUAAAAAAACGUAUAUAUUUCUACGUUUCCUUUAUAAAUAUCAAAAUCUUUACUUUAAAUUGUAAAUGAUCAGCUAGUUUGGAAACAUAAGAUAAAAAAUCAGUGAUAAUGUCUAAAUAUAAAUUUAUUUUACAAGAUGCUGGGCGAGCAUAUGUCGAAGGAAAACUUAAUGUUGCUAGUAACCUCUAUAAAAAUGCUUUGGAAUUAAUAGAUAGUAAUCAUAUUCAGGAAGAUCCUGUUAACAAGGACAUUAUAAAAUAUAUUAUUAGUUUAGCUGCUUUGGAAUCACAAAAUAUAGAUGACUUAAAUAAUGCUAUUAUAAUUUUACAUGCGUUAGAAAAAUCUUUUGGCUCAAAAUUCCCAGCUAUAUAUUAUGCUUUAGGAAAAGCAAACAUUAAACAAUACAGAUUUGAUGCAGCUUAUGAAGCUGUUAAAAAGGGAUUUUCUGUACUUAAUAGAGAUGUGCGUUUAACAACUUAUAACAUACCUGGAACACAAACUCCAUUAUGUGAAUCUACAACUUCUGGCUUAAUUGAUGUUUUGAUGCCAUUGAAAGAAGAGUGCUCAGGAUGGCAUCAUCCUGAUGCUGUUUGUAAUAUAUGUCAAAAUGUUACUCAAGAGUCCUCCAUUCCAAAUCGCAACAUAUUUUUUGGUGAUCCCAGUUUUAAUGGAAUGGUGAGAAUUGUUUGCAAUAACUCUACAAAUCCAUGUAAAGUCAAUUUUCAUCAACAUUGUUGGAAAAUUAUGAAAGAAACUUUAUCUCCUGUUAAAAAAUUAUCAGAUAAGGAUGUUAUAGGUUUUAAGUGUUUUACUCCUAAUUGUGAAAAUGAUUCUACGCCUAGUAUUAUUGAUCGAAUAGAAAUAAUUGACGAAAAUGCUGAAGUUAAAACUGUGAUUGAAGGAGCUACUCAGCCCAUUACUCAACCUGUAAAGUCCAUUCCAGUUACCAAAGGUGCUAUUCGGAAGCAGAUUAUUCAACCAAAACCAAAGAAGCGAUUUGAAAAACAGAAAAAACUGUCUUCUGUCGCUCCACAAACAAACAUAGUUAAAGAAUAUACUAUCUAUAGCAGAAUUGAUCUUGAAUCAAAUCUACUUGAAUUAAUACAACUACGAGAGGAUAACUUCGGCUUGCCAUUAAAUCAAACUUGGAAACCAGAAUUAGGAUCAUAUGGCAAUUUAAAUGUAGAUAUGAAUCAUAAUUUCUAUCCUCAACCAGAUUUAUCAAAUGGAGAAUUUUCGGAAUUACACAGUUUUUUAUUUUCAUUUCUUUAUGAGUACAUUGUAGAAAGUGAAUUUGUUAAAGUAAGUGAUAUUCUGCUUAAAUGGAACGAAGCAAAGUAUUUAAUUCCAGCCUCUCUAAGUCUUGUAAAUACGGAUAAAGGUAUAAUAGAUUUUUUAUUGGAUUCUUUAAAUAUUGGAAUGAUUGGAGAAUAUAUCUGUACAACAGAAAUGCUACCAAAUGUUUAUUACCUACUUAAUCAAGAAACAAAGGGAGUUCUUGAAAUUGCAUUGAACAAUUCUUUAAACCCUGUUGAUACAGAUUUCGAAGGUGAAGACUAUGACUGUUUAAUUAAUCUAAUACAGGAAAGCGGCAACUCAAAUACUCUUUUCUUCGAACCACAACUACAACAAACUAAAAAUGAAUCUACGAAAAGUAUUAUUCAGUCUACACAAGAGAUUAAUGAUCCGUUCAAAUUUUAUAAAAAUCCUAUAAUUAAAACAGUGGAAGAUUGUAAUAAAAAUGUUAAUAAUUCCAAAUAUAGGGAUGAGGAAAUUGUAUGUGAAAAUAAGUUUGAAGAAGUUUCCAAUGUUGAACCAAUUGGAACGGUGGAAAAUAAAAAUAAAAAUAGAGUGAUAGACGAAAUAAGUCUUACUGUUAAGAAUUAUUUUGAGGAAUUUGAAAAGCAAAUUGAGAGGAAAAAAACAGUUGAUAGUUUAUCAACGAAAAUGGAUGUGGAAGAAAAUACAUCGUCUAUGAAUAAUAUUCGUAAUACACCUACUGAUCCAUUUCAAUUUGAAAGUAACGUGGCCAUUGAUAAUAUUCACAAAGUGUUAGAAAGAGUAAAAAACAUGGAUGAAGACAUUUAUAAAAAGUGUGUUGAUCACAUAGCAUAUUUAGAUGGACAAUUGCAAUUGGUAACAAGACAAAAAUUAUUUGCUGAACAGAGAAUAACACAAUUGUAUCAAGAAAAUGGUAAUAUUAUUGAAAAAUUUGAAGUAGAGCGCAGCUCUUUAUUGGAGGAACUUAAAGCAUUUAAAAAUUUAUCAACUGAGACCAAAGAUAUACAAAUACGUUAUAAGUCUCAAAUUGAUGAUUAUAUUAAGUUACGACAAGAAUUGAAUGCAGUUGUUAAACAUAAACAAGAAUUGAAAUGUGAACUUGACGAAUGUGAAUUAGAUAGAAUGAGACUAACAGAAACUAUAAAAGAUUUAAAGAAACAAAUGUCAAAGGAGCAGGAAAUCAUAUUUGCUGAUUUAGAGCAAGAACGGGUAAUGUCUUUAGAGUGGAAAAAGAUUUUACUUAAACAAUAUCUUGAUGAGCAGCUUAGAGCUAAUGGGAAUUUAAUACAUGGACACAUGGAGCAAUGUAAUAUAGCGUUACAUGUCUUUUCAUAUGUGAAUUCUUAUUUAAAGAAUUCGUUAAAUAUGACCCUUUUUCCAGAAGCUAAUGAGUGGAAUACAAUUCUUAAUGAAUUAAAAGAAUUACAAAAAUCUCAAGAGAAUGAAUGUUCAACAUUAUGUGAGUUAUUAAAUUUGAGUGGCGAAUCACUUAAUUUGGAUGAUUUCAAUUUAAAAGUACCUGUGAUUCCACCAAAGCCAUCUCUUCUCUUGGCUGAAAGUAUUCAACGUGGUUUUCAAUAUGUACAUAUGCAUUUUAUGAUGCCUCGCAUUCCAAACAUGCCACCACUUCCGCAACCACGACCUCAAAUGAUGCGUCCUGCAAUGGAACUUCAGCCCAGAUAUUGUAAUAUACCUCCAAAUCCACCAGUAUAUUUAAUGAACCAUGGAUAUCAAUAUCAAAGAAAUAUUUAUGCACCGCCACAAGUUCAUCCACAACCACUGGUGAAUGUAAAUUUCUCACGACCUCCAAUGCCAUUGCAGAAUAAUAUCUACACUGAACCAAGUAAAUCAGUCAUUCCUGCUAAUUUAAUAGUUAUCAAUGAAGACGAAAAACCAUUAAAUUAUGGAUCAAGAGAAGAAUCUGUAAAUUCCAAUGAUGUUAGUGUAAAUGAAGUUGAGUUUGAAGAGAAAAAUGAACUCAGUGAAGCAUCAAGCUUAGGAGGAAGCACUAAUUCACUGUCCAUGAAAUCUGAUACAAUGCAAACUACAUCUUUAAAUGGCAUUCAAUUGAAGCAACCGAAAUUUGGAACAGACAGAAUAAUGGAGAAAUUACGCAAUGAAUUUAUUGGACUUCCUGAAUUUGAUUUAAUCGAUUGCAUUUUAGAAGUACGUAAAAUGCACAAUAAUUCAUUAACUGGAUUGAAAACCUUGGAUGUUAUUAAUGAAGUCAAAGAAUUGAUUAUUAAAAAACAACGACAAUAUAUCUUUGAGUACAAUGAUAAAAAUGGUUCUGUUGAUCGUAAGGAAGAAAAGUCAAAAGUCACCGAAAGUCCAAGUAAGGAGAAACUUACAGAAAAUAAAAACACUUUUCAUCCUUUUGCUUUUGAACGACUGUCUGCUUUACGUAAUCGUAAUAAUUCUGUUUCUUCAACAUCUUCAGUUCCUACACCUAAUAACGUUGAAACUCAAAAUACAAAAAAAUCUUCCGGAAAGUCUGCUUGGGUUGUUAAACAAAAAGAAAAUAAUUGGACAAAGGAAACCAUUGAAGUGGAAUGCAAUAUAUGUUUCGAUCCACUGGAUAAUAUUGGAAACAAAAAAACUGUUUACACAUUGGAAUGUCAACACUCAUUCCACAAAGAGUGUAUCAAAGAAUGGCUCCAAACCAGUAAGACUUGUCCAAAUUGUCGAGUGUUUGCAACCCACGACGAAGACUAUCCUCCAUUGCCAUAAAAAAAUAAUUUUCUUAAUCUUAAGGAUACUUUAUCAUACUUUAUCAUACUUCUAUUAUUUUAAUUGUGAAUUAUUUUAUUUUGUAUAACAAUAACUGUUUAGUUGGAUAUUGUAAUAUUUUUUCUAAAAAAAACAAAACAAUGAUUGCAUAUGAAAAAAAUAAAUAAUAAUUUUUCUACAAAAAUACAUAA